UCUGCGCAGACCCACGGAUCCAACGGCCGGACUGUUCCGCAGGUUCUUCUGAACGAUGGGAUAAAAACCCGAGGACGGAGAAGAGCUCCGACAUUUCCGCCGCACUUCUGACUGCGCGUGAGGCUGCUGCGCCCCCGCACCGGACCCCUGCGCGCGCGCCCGUGUGUGUGUGUGUGUGUGUGUGUGUUUAUUCCUCCAGCUGCUGGGUUUUUCUACUCCUGGAUCGUGUGCAGUCCGGGAUGUGGGUAUGUUCUGAGGGGUGCAGGGUUGGACUCGGAUCGGAUCAAAGUGGAUGAUGCAGCGUUGUGGGUGGUGUUUAGUUUAAUAGAUCGGACAGAUCAGAUCAGACACCAUGGCGGGAAAAGAGAACACCUGCCGCAAGUUCCAGGCGAACAUCUUCAACAAGAGCAAGUGCCAGAACUGCUUCAAACCCCGAGAGUCACACCUGCUGAGUGACGACGACUACACACAGGCUAAUCCUAUAUAUGGAGGAUGGCUGCUUCUGGCACCUGAAGGAACAAACUUUGACAACCCACUACACCGAUCUCGAAAAUGGCAAAGACGAUUCUUCCUUCUUUAUGAACACGGACUCCUGCGCUACGCUCUCGAUGAGAUGGCCAGCACUCUUCCUCAGGGCACUAUAAACCUGAAUGUGUGUGUGGAUGUUGUGGACGCAGAGAGUGUGACGGGACAGAAACACUCACUCUGCAUCUGCACUCCGGACCGAGAGCAUUACAUCAGAGCCGAGAACCGUGAGGUUAUCAAUGGAUGGCAGGAUGCUUUGAUCGUCUUUCCACGUACCAACAAACAGAACCAAAAGAAGAAACGGAAGGUGGAGCCGCCAACCCCACAGGAACCUGGCCCGGCCAAGGUCACAGUAACGAGCAGUAGUGUCCUGUGUGCCAGUAACAGUGUGGUUCAGUCUGAUGGAGCUGAGCCUGUGAGAGAAUCGGAGCGUGUGAUUGGAGGACGUAAGCCAAGGGUGGAGAGCGGCUACUUUUCAUUGGAAAAACCCAAACCUGAGCAGCCCUUGCAGGAAGCGCUAUCUUCCCUAUCCUCAUCCUCCUCUUCCUCUCGUCUGAGGUACAGCACCUCGGAACCUGCGCUCUUCCUCUCCUUGUCCUCACACAACACACACCACACUUCACUUGACACACACACUACACACUCAGACUUUACAGACACACCCACUGUUUCACAAUCUGUCGAUGCUCCACACACAUCGCCAACAGCACACACACUGCAAUCUCCUUCCUCAUGCACCUCCACCAACACACACACUCUAGCAUCACCGCUCUCGUCCUCUCAGAGCUCUCUCGACUCUGAGUCGAGCUCUGAGAGGCGAAGUCGUGACAAAAGAGUGGGUGGAGCUAACCAAUCAGAGGCUGGAGGAAUGAACGUUAAGCCUGGGCUAGGUGGGCGGAGCUACGCAGCACUGGCAGAUGUCCCCCGUGCCAGAAGGCUGAGCCAUCGCGAGGCGUUUCGUUCUGAGCGCAAGCGGCAAGAACUGAGAGCGAGAACCCGAAGCCCGGGCAGAGAGGAGGUGGAGAGACUGUUCGGCCAUCAGAGGAAGCGUGCUCAAGUGAUUGAAAGAUUUGAGAUGCAACAGUCAACAGAUGCAUUGGAGCACAUGGACACAACAGAAAACUCCUCCUCCUCCAGUCAAUCCACCAAUCAGAGGACAGGACGCAGUGAGAGGCGUCUCCCUGCUCAGAAACAGGAUCUCUCAUUAGAUGCUGGAACUGGAAGCGUAACGGAUUUUUCCGGAAGAAUGGCCGUGUACAGGAGAGCGAAGAGUCUGGACCGCCGAGUUACAGAGUCGUCCAUGACGCCUGAUCUACUGAACUUUAAGAAAGGAUGGAUGACAAAACUGUAUGAGGAUGGCCUGUGGAAGAAGCACUGGUUUGUUCUUACUGAUCAAAGUCUGAGAUAUUACAGAGACUCCAUCGCUGAAGAGGCGGUGGAUCUGGAUGGAGAGAUUGAUUUGUCCACAUGUUUUGAUGUCACUGAGUUUCCAGUGCAGAGGAACUACGGCUUUCAAAUCCAUAGUAAGGAGGGAUUGUAUACUCUCUCUGCGAUGACGUCUGGUAUCAGGAGGAACUGGAUCCAGGCAGUAAUGAAGUGUGUGAGACCGACCAUCUCCCCCGAUGUCACACGUUCUGUCCCAGAUGAACAUGCUAAUGCUAAAACAGCCCCUCAAACUCCCGAAGUCUCUCGGCCUUCACACAUGUGGGGUCAAAGGUCAUGUGAUGUCACUGUGGAUUCCGCCUCUGAUCACCGUAAGCCCCGCCCCCGUGACCGCAGGCGAGAGGGCCGAUCGAAAACUUUUGACUGGGCGGAGUUUAAAAACGAGAGGGCAGAAACUUUGGAUACAAGCUCCUCCCCCUCACCAUCCUCUGUUUCAUCUUCUACUUCCUCUCCCUCCUCGUCAGUCUCAGACAGGAAGUUAAUUCAUUGGGAACAGGAAGUGGCUCCAGAGAACAAAAAAGGUGUGGGUGUGGCCAGUGGAGUUCCGUCAGUUAAUAAGAACUCUGAUGUACAAGUGGAGAUCGAAGAGCGGUGGCAUCAGGUGGAGACCACGCCCCUCAGGGAGGAGAAACAGGUCCCAAUCACUGGAGGCUCCGCCCCCUUUUCACCUGGAGACAAAAUUUCAGCAGAGUUCACGGAGAAGGAGUUAGUGAAGCUGCAAGACCAAAACACACUUCUGCAGGAACAACUCCAUAAUGCAGAACAGAAUGCACGGGAAGGUUAUGUGUUACAGUGUACCAAUGAACCAGUGCAGCCUUCAUCCGACUCCGUGUCUCUUUCCUCCCGAGCUCCAUUGCAACAUCUCAGCAAGAUGAACCAUGAACUUAAGACGGAGCUGGAAACUCAGCGACGGAAGCAUGAUCUGGCUAAUCAGCUGGUUAACAACCUGAGACGGAGCUAUAGUGAGGCACAGGAUAUGCUUGGGCAUCAUGAGGCUGAAAUCGAGGUUCUUCAAGCAAAGCUUGUUUCUGCGAUGGCCGAGAUCAUAGCAAGUGAGCAGGCAGUGGCUCGCAUGCGCAGUGAGCUGAAGCUAGAACAGAGUCGUUGCCAUGAGCGUGAGGAGGAGUGUAUUCGCAAUGAAACAACUUUACGCGCACAAUUGCGGGACAGCGAGGAUCGUCUCCGGGACGUAGAGGCAAGUUUGUUAGAAAAGACCCAGGCGCUGAGACUCCUGGAGAGACAGCAGGCCUUGCAACGGGACCAGCACAAGGAAGUACAGAGGCUGCAGGAGAAGCUAACCGAGGUUACUAAAUGUCUAAUUGCGACAGAGGAGGCACAGGCUCUCAGGGAAGAGCGGGAAAAGAAAGAGCACCGUUGCCUGGAAGAAAAUUAUGAGCGUGAGAGACAAGGACUGAGUCGGAGGCUGGCGGAAUCUGAGGAAAAGAGGCGUGAGGCUGAGGAGCAACUUCAGGAAGUCCAGGAACAAGUAGAAACACUUCUCAGAGGAGGUGUAGGUGAGAAGAAAGAAUCAGAAGUCAGUGAGGAGAUGCUACGUCUUCAGCAGGUUCUAAAUGAGCAAGCAGAUGUGAUUGAGAACCUUCGGGAGAGUGUGAGAAGGUUGGAAAAGGAGAGAGAUCAUCUUACGUGUCGUUGCCAGGAAUUGGUGAAUCAGAUUGCAGAGGCAGACAGAGAGGUAGGAAAACUGCAGGAACAGUUAAAGAUAGAAGAAACAGACUACUACUCUUUGGAAAGCUCAUAUGAGCGUGUUUCAGAAGAGUUUGCAAGAAUCAGCCGGGUUCUGAGGGAGAAGGAGGAGGAAGUCAGACAGACCAAGGAGACAUAUGAGAAGCUGGUGAAACAAAAAGACCAGGAUUUAAAUGAAGCUCUUGUCAAGAUGGCUGCUCUUGGAAGCAGCCUGGAGGAAACGGAACAACGCCUGAAGGCAAAGGAUGAGCUUCUUAGUCGGGUUGGGCAUAGGGAGGUGGAGCAAGAUUUGCAGGUGAAGCUGGCUGUAGCAGAGAACCGAAUAUCUGAACUGGAAGAGCAUCUCAGCGCAUUGCGUUUGGGGUUCACAAACCUUAAGAUGGAACGAUGCUGCUCUCAACAGGAUGUCCUUGAUGCACUAGAAGAACAAGCAGAGCAUGAUAUAUCCUUUUCUACCACUUCCUCUUUGUCUCUUGUAAGAAGCAGCUCAGAGACAGAAGUGUCCUUUGCCAAGCGUCAGAGGAUUCGCUUCUCCAACAUCCAGUGCCAAAAAUACCACCAGUCUCAACGAAUCGAAAAAGUUCAGAGAGAUAACACAUUAAUAGAUUUUACUCAAGAGGAGAGACAGGACCUUGUGGCAGAUACAAGUCUAAACAUCACAGAUGAUACCAUCCAGGACUUGUCCCAGGAUAUCAGUUUAGUAAGUGACAACACAUUCCAGUAUUGCAGUGAUACAGAAAGAUUUAUGUCCAUCAUCCAUGCACUAGAAUCAAAACUCCAGGCAACAGAGGAGAAGCUUAAAGAUAUGACAUCAAAGAUGCAAAAUGAAGUAUGUACUGUUAAUGCCUCUGCUGAACCAGAACAGGAUGAACCAGAUGAUAAAUCCAUCUCUUGCUUGGAUGACAUUGUACAGGGAAGUGUCACAAUUGAAGAUUACAAGAAAGCUCUGGGUUUUGUCGAGUCCUGCAGGGUUAGAGUUAGGGAGAUUCUCAGUGAUCAAAAUGAAAAGGGAGGAGCAGAAGCGCAAGUUCAUAUAUUAGCAGAGAUUGAGAAAGACCUGGUUAAAGCUUCUUUGCACAUUAGGCAAGUUGCCACACGAUAUGAAGGUUCUCUUCCCUGUCAAACUGAGCCCCAGGCACAGGUGGAUAAAAGUGCAAUUAAGGUUCUUGCGAGAAUGUUAGCCUUUGAAGCAACUGUUUUGGAAAAAAUUGCAUUUUCUCUUCAAGAUCCAAAAUCAGAACUAAUGCAAAGCCUUAGAGAGAUAAAUCAAGAUUCCCAACAGGUUAAGACAAGCCACCAGGAUUGUCUUUCUGCAAUUUACACUGAUAUUCUGACAAGAAAACUAAAACUACAGAGCAUGCUGAUAAAUGAGCUCCACCAAGCAGAUAGUCUGAGUGACCAGUCAGACAAUUUGCAUAUACCUGAUAGUGUCUUUGCUCAAAAUUCAAUUCACAAUGCUUGUAUUAGUGCUGAACUUGCAUACUCCCUUCAAAACUUCAAGCACUCUUACCAAGACAAAUUCGAGGAACUUCAAAGAGACUUGGUAAAGGUAAAAGAGAUUUUGCAGCAAAGGGAUAUUGUUGUGACCCCAGAUGUUGGCAAUAAGCUUGAAGCUGAUACAGACAUUCGUUCUGAUGUCACCCCUUCUGAGCUUGCCCCUUAUGAACAGCAGAUUAAGAUGGAAGAAGCUCACACUCUUGCUGAAGAAAUAGUAGAAAGACACUUAGCUGAAAUAAUGCAGUCCUGUGUUACAGAAUCAGUGGCAUCACUGUACAACACGAGUGAAAGUCUCAUUACUGAGUUGAAAAGACAAUCAAAAGUUCUUCAACACUUGUCUCAGCAGCUGGGGAAGGCAUGUGAGGAAGAUAACAGCUCUGUUAUUUGUGGACUUGCAGGACAAAUCCAGGCAGUUUUAGGACCCAGAGACCCUGGAGUCCUAAUGUGCAACUCUCUCAGCAUGCAUGAGGCUCUGAUUCAGGUUCAGGUAGCUUAUGUUGCCUGUCGACUGCGAGCUGACCAUGAGAGAGAGCUAUCCCUUUGCCAGGAGACCAGCCACAAUAUGGCCACUUUGGUCCAGGAGCAUGCCCAGCAUGUAGCAGCCAUCCAGCAGCGUUUCCAGAGUAGCCUGGAAGAAGAACGGAUUCAGUACUUUAAAACAAUAAACUCCAUUCAGGAGGAAAAUGAAACUCUUCGAGAGGAGGCUACAAUGCAGCUGAAGGAGAUGAGCAAGAAGCAGAAACAGAUUGUACAGAUGGAGCAGGAUUUCCAGAGGGAGAUUCAGGAGAUUAAGAGAAAGCAUGCAGAAGAAUUGGGUCGGGCAAUGCAAGGACAAGCGACCAGUGAGCUCGUGUUGCUGGAACGUGCCGAAAACACCCAACAGACGUUAGAAACCUUGCUGCAAGACGUUGAGGAAGCAGAGCUAAGGCACAAGAAACACAUCUGCAAGCUGGAGCAUGAACUCCGUGGGAAGGUUGAGGAACUGGAAAAUGUACAUCAAGAAGAGAUUCAGAAACUACAUGACCGCUACAGUCAGACUAUUCGCACUCUCGGGGAGAGAUUAGAAACGAUAGCAGAUGAUACACAACCUCCAUCCACAACAGAGCCACAAGAUGCAGGUCAUUUAGAGGAGGACAAGGGGCAUGAGCAAGAGGUCAGCAGGGACUCAAUGUCACUGCUGAGAAGCCGUGUGCAGGAACUGGAGCUACAGAUGAUGAACAUGCGUGAUGAAUUGGAAAACAAGCCACCAGAUGGAGACAUGGCCGGGCUGCGAGAAAAGUACCAGAGAGACUUCGACAGUCUUAAGGAGACAUGCGAGCGUGGGUUUGCAGCGAUGGAGGAAACUCAUCAGAAGGUGAUCGAGGAUCUUCAGCGCCAGCAUCAGCGUGAGAUCAGCAAACUGCUGGAGGAGAAGGAGAGGUUACUGGAGGAAGAGACCAACGCCACCAUCGCUGCAAUUGAGGCAAUGAAAAAUGCACAUCGUGAAGAACUGGAGAAAACACAACGCGCGCAGCUGAGUGGAGUCAGUACAGACAUCGAACAAUUACGCAUACAGUACGAGGAGGAGUUACAGUCAAUCCACCGUGAGCUGGAGGUGCUAUCAGAGCAGUAUUCUCAGAAAUGUCUGGAAAACACACACCUUGCUCAGGCACUGGAGGCCGAGAGACACGCACUGCAGCAGUGUCAGAGAGAGAACCAACAACUACACACACACAACCAGGAACUGAAUAAUCGUUUGACAGUGGAGAUUUCUCGCAUGCGUUCCUGCUACAGUGGAGAGAAAAUGCCAUCACCUCUCACACAGGGCAAAGACCUGUAUGAACUGGAGGUCCUGCUCCGUAUAAAGGACUCAGAAAUUCAGUAUCUGAAACAGGAGAUCAACUCACUAAAGGAUGAGCUUCAAUCUGCACUGAGGGAUAAAAAGUAUGCCUCUGAUAAGUAUAAGGACAUCUACACGGAGCUAAGCAUAGUGAGAGCUAAAGCCGACUGUGACAUCAGUAAACUGAGGGAAAAACUACUGGCUGCGACAGAAGCUCUCGGGGAAAGAGACACACCCUCACACACACCGGGUUAUGAAAUGUGUGUGUUUACAGAUAUCAUGAAGUCAAAAAGUAACCCUGACUUCAGUAAGAAAGGUCACUCAGCUGUUUCCAGGCAGGUCCGUGGCAUGAGGUCAAAGUCUGUGAGUGAGGAGGUACCUUGGGAUAGCUGACCCCACCCCUUCACUGACGUAGAGUCUGAAAGAGGGAUUAACAGUGCAGGAACGGAUGAAGCUGUUUGAAGCAAAAGACACGAGGAAGAUCUGAACAACUUUCUCACACACACACACACACACACAUUCUAAUGUAUGAACGAACAUAUACUCAAGAUUUAUUAUUAUAUAUGUUGUCAUAGUGAGUAAUGAGACAUCAGCUGCUUAGUUUUUAUUAUUUGUGUGUGUGUGUGUGUGUGUGUGUGGGAUAGUGAAAGUGAGAGAUAUAACUGCUGUAUAUCUUUUGGGUUGUGUAAGAGUGUGUUAUUCAUAGACAGCUUUAAUUUUGCUAACGACCUUGUAAAUAAGUGUGUGUGUGUGUGUGUGUGUGUGUGUGUGUGUGUGUGUGUGUGUUUUACACAUUUUUUUUAACACAGCUCAUUAUGUUUCCCUCUGCCCUCGCUGCAGUUGUGUAGUGCGCGGGUCUGAGGAGACUUUGACUGGAGCACAUGUAGCUCAGGCUGCUGUUCGCUAAACCGCUAGCUAAACCGCACAGUCGAGCCUAGCUCAUGAGAUUAGCACAGGAAAGCUAAUGAAUGUGCCUGAUGUACGCUUGCAAUGCAUUAUACCUAGAGAACAUCACCAUAAGAGCAAUCAAACUUUAAAAUCCAUUAUCAGGAUUUGAAUCUAAAAAGUAUUUGAAGUAUUUGUUUGUAAAAGUUUGUACACCCAUUAGGACAAAUCUUUUGUAAUGAAAACUUCUGGUGUGUUUGGUUUCACAGUUCCUUCAUCUGUAUACCCAACAGAAUGAAUUCUUAUCGUUAGCUUGUACCCCCUGCAUUUUUUGUAACUUGAUUUAAAUAUCAGAAUAUUUUUAUCAUGUUCAUUAUCUCCUAAUAGUUUUAAAAAUUCAGAUUGUUGCUUUGUUGUAGGUUACACUCACACUCUUGAUUUGACCAAAUAUUCAACCUUCCACUCUCAGAAAUCCACAUGUUGGACCUUUGAUUGUGAUUAUACAGUAUUUGCAAAAAAAAGUGUAGCUACAGCGAGUUUUUUAUGGUUUUUGAGAGACACAAUCUCUGUAAUGUAAAUGUAUGAAAAUGGACUUUGACCAAAUAAAUCUAUAAAUGUGCCACUUUAUGUCAUUGCAAAAUCCUCCCUCAGCAUGAAAAACUUUACACACUGUCAGCAUCCACACACUUCGUUUCUCCAAACAUUCAGCUGAAAUACUUUGCAGUGCCUCUUGUGAAACAUUUCCAAAGAUGUUCUUUAUUAGCAGAAGUUUUCUUGUUCAUCCCAGAGUAGUUGAGUAGGAUUGAGGUGCAGUGACUGGGCAGGUGGUUCCAUGAUAAAUAUCACUCCAGACCACUGUUUACUCUCUAAACAACACUUACAGAACUCAGACGUAUUCGUCACUUCGGCUCAUCAUCUUGUUGUACGGUGAAGUCGGUUUCAAUGAGCCGCAGUCCAGACGGAACUGCAUGGUGUUGAAGUGUGGAAUGGAAGCCAUGUUGGUUCAGGAUUCCUUUUACUUUCUGGAACCUUCACUGCUCCAAAACAACCCCAAACCAUUUAACUUCCACCUCCAUGUGUGACAAAAUGUCUUAUUUGGACUCCACAGAACUUUCUUCCUCUCAUUCACUGUCACAUUAAUGUGUAUCUCAAAAACCAUCCAAACUUUUCACAGGAACUUUAUUAUUAUUAUAAAAGUUGUAACAGUGAGUAGACAAAAGAGCAAACGAAAAAGAAGGAGAAAGAGAGAGCAGUUUGAGUUUUGUCUAUUUUAUAUGCUUCUGUCCAGCCUCAGGAAGACAAGUUAUUAAUCCUCUUCAGUGUCAGUUAUUCCUAAUUUGUGUGAAAUUGACAGAAGUAAAUCAGUGCUGUUGUUGUUGCCCACACAGUGGCCUUUGCUUUGAAAUUUCUGUUUUUAUUCUGAAUAAUUCUAGUUGUAAUGAGUGCUGAUUUGAAUAAAAGUACAGUAUUUUCUGCA